AUGGUUACACGGAUUCAGUGGAUGUUCAUUAACAUAAUUUUAAUCAUACUGCUAUUUUUGUACGUCAAUAUACGUUUAAUGACAUUGGACCAAACAAAUGGACAAAAACAUUUGCAGAAUCUUUUUUCUCUAUCAACAUCCUCACAUAUCAUAAUCUAUAAUCGGGUGCCCAAAACUGGCUCAACAACUUUGGUGAAUGCUGUGAUGUAUGAUUUAUGUAAAGUAAAUAACUUUUCUGUACUACAUCUAAACAUUACUCGAAACCGCUACAUAAUGAAUCUAGCUGAUCAACGUCGAUUUGUGGAAAAUGUUACAACUUGGGGACAACGAUUACCAGCUAUUUAUCAUGGCCAUGCUGCAUUCAUCGACUUUACGUUGUUUGGUAAGCCAAAUCCGAUAUACAUUAAUUUAAUACGGGAACCAUUUGAACGUUUGCUAUCUCAUUAUUAUUUUUUGCGAUAUGGCGACGAUUAUAGAGUUGGACUAAAACGAAGCAGAGCAGGAAAUAAUGAGACUUUUGAUGAAUGUGUUGAACGUAAGGGAAAAGAUUGUGAUAUGAAGCAAAUGUGGGUUCAAAUUCCUUACUUUUGUGGUACAUCAUUUUUUUGCAGUGAACCGGGGAAUGAGGAUGCUUUAGAAAUGGCAAAAAAAAAUCUUAUACAGCAUUACUUGCUUGUCGGUGUCAGCGAAAAAAUGAGAGAAUUUAUUGCUGCUUUGGAAGCUGUUCUACCGAAUUUCUUUGCUGGAGCUGUUAAACACUUUGAUUCUCUUGACGCAAAAAGAUCUCAUCUUCGUUAUACAAAGAAGAAAAUACCGCCGACAAGGAAGACGAUUGUUGCAGUAAAGUCACAAAAAAUUUACAAAAUGGAAUAUGAAUUUUACCGAUUUGCUGUUGAUGUUUUUGAGAACAAUUUGAAACGGAUGAUGGACAGUAAGGGUGAAGAAUUUUUGCCAACACAAUUUCAUUAUGAAAAAAUUAAGCCUAUUGCUGUUGGAAAUUGA